AUAAGAUUCAACGGAACUCCAGGCGCUCCUUCUAUAUAUCGUGGAAGUCUGUCCCCAGAAGUCGAAGCCGCUUGGGAUAACAUAGCUGUUGAUGGUUCGCCAGUUCGCAUGACGCUUGAGGAAUUGUUCAGCAACAUGGCUAGCUGUUCAGAUGCAUAUGGCGGAGGUUAUAUGACAUCGAUGGAAAGCAAUCACAUGGUCCAUUGCUUAAAUAUGCUUCGCAAAGUCACCUGGGGCGACCACUAUGGGCCCUCUGGUAAUGACGUCCACGAAUCCCCUGAAUACUUCCGCAUUCAUCUCGACCACUGCAUUGAAUUGCUCAGGCAGAAUAUUUUGUGUCAUAGUGACGUGGUCACGAUCAGUUACGAUUGGGAGCGAUCCGGAGCUUUUCCCCCCAGUUUCAAUGUUCGCCAUCAAUGCAAAGACUUCGAAAAGAUCUUGGAUUGGGUGGAUGAGCAUCGCGUUGUUAUCUCUAAAUUCGAGAUGGUUCGCUUGGAGGAUACCGUCGACCUGCUUUCCCCUCCUUGA